AUGGGCUCCACCGCCGAAUUCAAGAACCCCGCCACCUCCACGCUCUUCGAGCUGGUCAAGUCCCGUCGCACCUACUACGGCCUCAAGGGCGAGAGCCCCAUCUCCGACGAUGCCAUUGAGCGCAUUGUCCAGGACUCGGUCCUGCACGUCCCCAGCUCUUUCAACACCCAGACCUCGCGGGUGGUUCUCUUGUUGAAGGAGGAGCACCAGAAGGUGUGGGAUAUUGCCAUUAAUGCCCUCGAGGGUCUGGUGACUGCUGGUCGCGUCCCGAGGGAGAUGUUUGAGAACAGCACGAAGCCCAAGCUGAAUGCUUUCCGUGCUGCUUAUGGAACUGUUCUGUUCUUCGUCGACUACGACAGCCUUGCUCCCAUCAAGGAGAAGUUUGCUAUUUACGCCGACAAGUUCGAUCCUUUUGCUCAGGAGUCGAAUGCCAUGUCGCAGUACCUUGUCUGGGUCGCCCUGGAAUCCGAAGGCUUCGGUGCCAACCUGCAGCACUACAGCCCCCUGGUGGAUGAGCAGAUCACCAAGACCUGGGACCUGCCUGCGUCCUGGAAGCUGGAUGCCCAGCUGGUCUUUGGUCUGCCCGCUUCGGAGCCCGCGGAUAAGUCGUUUGCGCCCAUCGAGAACCGCUUCAAGGUUUUUGGUAAAUAA